GUGUGUGUGGGCUGCCUGCUAUCCUCCCUGCCUCCCUCUGCCAGCGUUAGGCUAUGGCUGCUGAUGUAUCAAGAGCGAUUCCCUUUUAAUCAAGUCCUCCAGGCAUAUAGAGCGUUGAAGGCCAAUGAAGUCCUCGCUCUCCUCCGAGUCCCACUGCGGCUCUCGACACAAUAUCGAUUCAAUAGACCACAGCGGCACUGUAUUCAACUUGGAAAUAAGCCUAGCCAAGUUUGGCUUAUUUUAGAAAACACCAAAUCACAGGUACUAAGAGUGUGCUGAAAUUGCUUUCCCAUUUUCUGUCAACAUAUACGCUUAACAACUGACAGCUUCCUCACACAAAAAUGUUGUCUAGGCCUAACCUGUGGUGUAGCUUGGGUGUAGGCCUAAAGUACAACACUGAAUGAUGGACAGCAGAUUGCAACCGAGUGCCUCUGACAAGAAUAUCGGCUGACAUUCUGUUACUUUUCCAACUGUUCUACAUGUUGAUUCUGCUAAAACAGCAUAGCCUAUGUAAAAAAAGCUUUAGGACUUAAUAACGUGUUGACUAUUUAUUUGUUUUAAUCUGUGGCAACAACCAGCAUGCAGGAAGUCUUUUUACUCUAGAUAAGGUUUGUUCCGUAUCCAGACUGCCGUUCCUCUUUCAGGUGGAGAAACUCACCCGUUUCUUAUUCCUCAAUUUGAAGUGUGAUGACGUGUUCUCAGUUUCUAGUAAUCAUGGGGUUCAUCCCUAAUGGAACCCUAUUCCCUGCAUAGGGUUCUGGACAAAAGUAGUGCACUAUAUAGGGAAUAGAGUGCCAUUGGGGACAUAACCUUAAUCUACACCACAUGCACAAACUCUGACAGCCUUUUGAGAGCUAUCCAAAUACAUCUUAUUAAACAGUCUUCUUGGAAAUCAGAUUAGAUCUUGGCUAUGAUUCUGAAAUGUCUGUCCUCGCCCACUCACGUGAGCCUCAUGCCUGAUGGACUCCAGAGACUGUAUUCAUAAAGUCGCUCAGACUAAGAGUGCUGUUGUAGGAUCAGAUUUACCUUGUACGUCAUGAUGAAUAAGAUUAGCCUACAUUGGUCAAGGACUGGGAUGGACCUGAUCCUAGAUCAGCAGAACUUACUCUGAGACGCUUUAUAAACCACUACGAGCUCAGGUUCUAGAACUCAUUUAGAUCUUCAGAGGCAGUAGGAAGAAUGUCCCCUUCUAUUCUCUGCAAACAACCAGUCAUCUAUCCCAUGGGAAAGCAGGGCAGCGUAGGUGACAUAUCAUUAUACAAGGGCCCACUACUACAGGGACAGUCCUUGUAAAAGGUGCCAUCUUUAUUUCGGCAAACAAUUUCUGGUUAUGUUAGGAAAUGUCUCAUCAUCACUCCAACCUCUUAAUGGGAGAAGGUGUUGGCUUAAUGUUUUCCCACCAUUGAUAGCGCCUCACACAUUUUCCCUUUGAAAGCCGCUGAACGAUUUACCCUCUCUCUUUUGUCACUCUUAUUUCACGCUCUGAAUAACAGCUCUCUCUCUUUGCCUCUCCCUCCCUCCCCCUCUUCCUCUUUCUUUCCUAUAUGCAUAAAUUGAGCCAGCCUCCUGGUAACUCUUCCUGAGCUACCAGCAGAGUCAGAUUUUUAAUUUGCAGUUAAAUGGCGCUCGACACAUGCAGCUUGGUUGAUAAUUGACUUCACUCAGCUGAAGGGAGGGAUGAUUAGGUCAGAAUAUCUUAUCAUUUUCUUCAAAGGAAGGAGGGAGUGGAACUGGUGGCACUCCUAUCAGAAUGUAAUGUUGACUAUACUUAAAGGAAAAGUCAGUGACUCUCUAAACAGUAGUACCGGACAGACUCCUACAGCAACUAAGAGCGUGAAGCGCGAGGCUAAACUUCUCUGCUGUUGUCUGGCAGCUAUCACGUUGUUGCAGCAUAGUGUCAACUACCUGUUUACAUUGUGUUAGUGCAUCUUCUUGCAUCGCGCUGCAAUAGUCUCAGUUCUUCCUGAUGCAUGUGGUAACCUGCAGAUACAUUGUGUGAGUGCUUUAGAGGACGUACGGGAGGAACAAAAGCAGUAAUGUAGUGGAGCAGACCGCCCGGUCUAGGCCUAGUGUGCACAUACUGGAGAAGCAGGGGUUGUAAACGGGUGAGAUCAUUCCAUCUAGUCUUAAUGCAUGAUUUUGUGCAGACCAACAAGUGGUGUAGUUGGAAGCGGCUCUCGUGGCAUGACUACUACAAACAAGGGAAACAAAGCCUUGAAGGUGAAGAAGGAGCCAGGGGAGAAUGGGACCAGCCUCACGGACGACGAACUGGUGACCAUGUCUGUCCGGGAGCUCAACGCUCACCUCCGCGGCCUCACCAAGGACGAAAUCCUGCAACUCAAGCAGCGGCGGCGCACCCUGAAGAACCGUGGCUACGCCGCCAGCUGCCGCGUCAAGCGGGUCACCCAGAAGGAGGAGCUAGAGAAGCAGAAGACGGCGCUGCAGCUGGAGGUGGACAAGCUGGCCACAGAGAACGCCACCAUGAAGGUGGAACUGGACUCGCUGCGCUCCAAGUACGAGGCCCUGCAGAGCUUCGCCAGGACUGUGGCGCGCAGCCCGGCCGUAGCCUUAACCCCAGGGGGUCGGGGGGUCAUGGGGCCCCUGGUCCCUGGGAAGGUGGCCACGGCCACCAGCGUCAUCACCAUCAUCAAGUCCAAGACGGGAGCCAGGUCGUAGUAUCGGGGCUGGGCGGCGUGGAGAGUUAUCAGACUAAUGAAGCAACGUGUACUAUAGUCAGUGUAUCAUCACGGAGCACAGGAUUAGUUCCCUUGUCUGUCUUUUGGGCCAGAACACACAACACAACCCCCCCCAGACCUUUGUACCAGCUAGUAACACUCUUUCAAUUGGCCAGCAGCAGAGGCCACACCAACACUUAUCAGACAGCCUUUAGUAGGAUAAACCAUACUUCCAUUCUGCCUUGGCACCAACACUUAUCAGACAGCCUUUAGUAGGAUAAACCAUUAUUCCAUUCUGCCUUGGCACUGUACAAGCAGAAAUACAUACACCAGAGGAGGCUUGUCGGAGGAGCUAUAGGAGGACGGGCUCAUUGUAAUGACUGGAAUGGAAUAGAUGGAAACCACAUGUUUGACUCUGUUUCAUGAAUUCCAUUCCAGUCAUUACAAUGAGCCUCCGCUGGACUAUACACAUCCUCUAUAGUGUAUUUUCACAUACUGGAUUCCAAAAGGUUAAACGUCACGUGAGUCCAGGAAGGUCGUACGACGCAGCCCAAUCCAUAAUUGAUGUCACUCCAUUUGGUGUUGGAAGUCGAGCUGUCGAUUGAUUUGUGUGUUUUUGUACAUGGUACUAAGUGUUUGAGUGUUUGUUUGUUUCCUCCAGAUGGCCCUUUGAGUCUUUUCCGUCCCGACACGGGAUUUUGAUGUGGAAAUGCACUCUUUCAUAACUACUAGCCACCAACAGUCUAGCCACACCCGGUUGGCAUUAUGCGUCAAGUUCUUAGCCCUCUGUCCGUAACACAAGUGGAGAAAGAGUGAUUGCACUUAGCAACAAGCCUGGGCCUGUUAGAAUGAACUGACCACUACGAGAAGAGGGAAAUGCGCUGUAUGUUAUUGAUGUAUUGUGAGCAACCUUCAGUAAGGACUAGUAACUCAACCAUCAGACCAGUUCAUGUGAUUUUAGUUGGUAACAGAAUUUCCUGUUUAGUUUUGUUUAAGUUGAGCAUUUAUUUAGGUUCAGUUCAGCCUGUCACAGAAUUUUACCAACAGGAGAUGCAAUAAUACACACAUGCACUGAAAAAUAGGAAAUGUCUCUUACAUAGUUUCAUGUAAGGGAAAUGAGUCAAUCUGAUCGGCAAAAUAAUACCAUAGCCUACUUGGUAUGGGAUGAUGAUGAUGAUGAUGAUAAUAGGUGUGAUGUUGGAGUUGACAAUGCCAUUCCAGGAUUACAAGAUUGUUUCUUUCUCCAGUAUCUCAGAACCAGAAUGUUUCACAAGAUCUUGUGAUGAUUAUGCUUUGGGGGGACAAUAUUUUUUUAUCCUCAAAACAUUUUAAAACUCAAUUUGUGCUCCAUGGAGUAAAUAAGUUGAUACUGUUUUGUAGCUAGUUUUUUGUGCGUAUGUAAUAACAUGAACUGGCUGGUCACAUAUUCCAAAAUAAUAUUCACACAACAAGCUUUACUGUUUAAUUGUCAACGUGUGUGUAUUCUAGAAGUCGUUGACUUAGAGCUCUUGAUUUGUAUUGAUGCAUAGACGAGCAUCUGGCAUUGUUUAUAGAAACACUGGAAAAGAAAACUUCAAACAAAAAAAACCUGUGAUAUCCUUUUUGCAAUUGUACCAAAAGUGGCUUACUAUUGAAGGCUGGUAGCUUUUUCUAGUGACUAGGCGCGUACUGUGUGGGGUAGCGCGUGACGUGAUGUGUAUAAGUGACAGUUGGCAGUGUUGUUCACUGUAUAGAUGUCAUGCUGUGGUAUUUUCUAUAGGAAUCUGUAAUAGAGAUAAUAUAGCUGGUGUAAACAUCUUCUAUUGUCUUCAUCCAUAUUGGCAUCUGUGAUAUCUUUUCCACUAGCUGUGAUUCACAAAUGUUUUUGUCAUUGCGACGUUAUUACUGUCAACCGAGCAGGCAUAGGUAGGGUAAGAUAAUGCUAAGGUAAUGCCCUUGGUUCAUUUUUAUGGGGAAAGAUAAUGCCCUUGGUACAUUUUUAUGGGGAAAGAUAAUGCCCUUGGUUCAUUUUUAUGGGGAAAGAUAAUGCCCUUGGUUCAUUUUCAUGGGGAAAGAUAAUGCCCUUGGUUCAUUUUUAUGGGGAAAGAUAAUGCCCUUGGUUAAUUUUUAUGGGGAAAGAUAAUGCCCUUGGUUCAUUUUUAUGGGGAAAGAUAAUGCCCUUGGUUCAUUUUUAUGGGGAAAGAUAAUGCCCUUGGUUCAUUUUGAAUCCCAGUUAAGUGACCCUCCUCACCUCUCUUUGGUUUCAAUUCUAGUGGGACAUCACCUCUGAUUUAGAUUAAACUGUUAUUGUCUUAUCCAUUUACCAAAGGGGACUACUUGCAAUUUGCAAAGGGAUAAUAGCCUCACAAUUUACUUUUUCAAAGACUAAGAAAAUCUAAAUAUUUGACUCUCUCUUACCAUAUAUCCAAGCAUUGUAAAAGUUCUCCUUGAAGAAAUAACUUAUCAUUCUAACUAUGAGAAGGGAGGCUCAGCAUGCAGCUUUAUACAGGUGACUAACAACAGGUCAUCUCCUGACUGUCAGGUUGUGUUCAUGGUUUGUGUGAGGGUAAACAUGCACUAACCUCCAGCUUGUUCUGCUCAGGAGCUCUGAGAAGAAGCUGUUAGGGAUGGCACUUAUGUUGAUAGUUGCUCAUUUACAAUUUUUCUAAAAGGGCUUUUUGUUCAGACACCAAAUGAAGAUGUGGGAAGAUGAACCUGCUGCCAGUAAUGCUGCUUACGUGCCAAGUGUCAACCCUGUCUUCUGAUCCUUUAAGAGGGGUUAAAGGAAGCAGUUGUACCUUAAAAGGUGACAGUAUCUUUGUAAUGACAUUAAGGGAUAUGUUUGGUAUUUUACAACUUCAUGUCAGAUGGUUCCUUGCCCUGAAUAUAGUCUAUGAGCCUGGAGAAACUGUAUUCCAUGGUUCGAAUUUCUUUAAACAGCCAAUAUAAACUUCAGCUAACUUUAUCCUCUGUCAGCUAAAAAUCAAUGGGAGUGAUGGGGGCAAAUGUUCAAAAAGUGAUGCCAAAUCACCUUUAAGUAAUGUAAAACCCAAUCAUUCCAGUGUCUCCUGGCUCAUAGACUUCUAUCAGGGUCAGGAUACCACUAGCAUUAAGUUGUGAGUUACUGAACGUAUCCUUUUAAAACAGAGCAGCUGAGAGGAAGAGGUUAGGAAGCAGAGAGCUGGAUGUGUCCAAAUUAUCCAGGAUCCAGACUGUUAGCCUAUAGCUAGAAUAGUCAAGGAAGGCAGGAGGAACCCAGAGCACAUGAAGUUGUAUGGUAGGUAGACCUGAACAGGAGAGAAUAGGUCUGCACUCCAGUGUCGAAUAUGCUAUUCCCCACACCUCUGAGCUCACAUCAGAUCAGGGGGCAUCUGAAAUGGACACUUCCCUGCAUUAUCAAAAGUGGUGCACUAUUUAUGGAAUAGGGUGCCAUCAGACACAGCCCUAGUAUAUAGUGUAUGUACGCUAAAACAUCCUCACUAUGUCUUCUGAACACACUUAGAUAUUUCCAUUGACUGGAAGAUAAUCCAUGGAUAUAUAUGACUCUAGACAUUUCCCAGUAUGGGUGUUGUCGUUCUUGUUGCUGUGGCAGUCUUGUGGAGUGAACCUUUAAUGUGUCUUUACAAUGUUAAAAAGGCAUCCUGACCUAUGACCUGUCUCGCAUACGUACAGUGAGCACCAUAAUUCAUUGGACAGUGACCAUUUUUUUGUUAUUUUGGUUCUGUACUCUAGCACUUUGAGUUUGAAAGGAUACAAUGACAAUGAGGGUGAAGUGCAGACUGUCAGCUUUAAUUUGAGGGUAUUUUCAUACAUAUUGGAUGAACUGUUUAGAAAUUAUAGAAGCUUUUGUACAUAGUCAACCCCAUUUUCAGGCAUCAAAAAACAUUGGACAGUUUAACAUAAUGUAGAAUAAAGUAAUCAUUGUUAAUAUUUGGUCACAUAUCCUUUGCAUGCAAUGACUGCUUGAAGUCUGCGAUGCAUCGUCAUCACCAGACGCUGGGUAUCUUCCUUGGUGAUGCUCUGCCAGGCCUGUACUGCAUCCAUCUUCAGUCUGCGAAACAUCGACAUCACCAGACGCUGGGUAUCUUCCCUGGUGAUGCUCUGCCAGGCCUGUACUGCAGCCAUCUUCAGUCUGCGAUACCCAGCGUCUGGUGAUGUCGAUGUAUCUUCCCUGGUGAUGCUCUGCCAGGCCUGUACUGCAGCCAUCUUCAGUUCCUGCUUGUUUCGGGUACUUAUUGCCUUCAAUCUCUUCUUCAGCAUGUAAAAUACAUGUUCAAUUGGAUUCAGAUCUGGUGAUUGACUCGGCCAGUCAAGGAUUUUCCACUUUUUGGCCAUCAAAAACCCCUUCGUUGCUCUAGCAGUAUGUUUAGGGUCAUUGUCUUGUUGCAUGAUGAAGUGCCGUCCAAUGAGUUUGGAGGCAUUUGGUUUUAUCUGAGCAGAUAAAAUAUUUCUGUAGACUUCAGGAUUCAUUGUUCUACUUCUGUCUGCAGUCACAUCGUCGAUGAAGACAAGUGAGCCUGUUCCACUGGCAGCCAAACAGGCCCAAGCCAUAACACCCCCUCCACCAUGUUUCACGGAUGAGGUGGUAUGCUUUGGAUCAUGGGCAUGUCUUUUUUUUCCUCCACACUUUCCUCUUUCCAUCACUCUGGUACAUGUUAAUCUUUGUCUCAUCUGUCCACAAUACUUUUUCCAGAACUCUUGGGGCUCUAUUAGGUGUUUUUUAGCAAACUGUAAUCUCACCUUUCUGUUCUUCAGGCUUAUCAGUGGUUUGCAUCUUGUAGUGUACCCUCUGUAGUCCUGCUGGUGUAGUCUUCUAUGUAUUGUAGACUUUGACACAUCUACACCUACAUCCAGGAGAGUGUUUUUGGUCUGUUGGGCUGUUGUCAGGGGUGAUUUCUUCACCAUAGAGAGUAUUCUCCGGUCAUCCACUACAGUGGUCUUUCUCAGUCUACCAGGUCUUUUGACAUAAUUGAGUUCACCGGUUGUUUUUUGUCUUGUUAAUGAUGAACCAAACUGUUGACUGGGCAUGCCCAGGGUUUUUGCAAUGUUCCUAAUUGAUUGAUUUUCAUUUCUGAGCCUUAUGACGGCCAGCUUCAUUUGCAUCGACACUGCUGUCUUCCUCAUGUUGUCACACCCCAACAACAACCUCCAAAGGCAAUAGCAAAGUCUAGAAUCAAUGCUAUUCAUCAACAACUCUCCUGCAUUCACUAACGACACAAAUGAAUACACCUGCCUAACGACACAUCUGUGAAGCCAAUUCAACAAAUACUUGUAGUACCUUAAAAUGGGGGGACCAAUGUACAAAAGGUGCUGUCAUUUCUAAACGAUUAAUCCAAUAUGUAUGAAAAUACACUCAAAUUAAAGCUGACAGGCUGCACUUCACCCUCAUUGUUAUUGUAUCCUUUCAAACUCAAAGUGCUAGAGUACAGAACCAAAAUAACAAAAAAUGGUCACUGUCCAAUGAUUUAUGGUGCUCACUGUACAUGUAUCUCUUCUGAAGAGGGAGUAACACACACACACACACACACACACACACACACACACACACACACACACACACAAAGGUGUAUAGUAGGUAGCUACUGUAGGUAGUGUUGCCCGUCGUGAAAAAGUGACCCUUAUACAUAUGCAAACUCAGUGGACAGGCUUGAGAGUAAAGCUAGAAGAGUAGUCUAUAUUGUUGUAAUAGUGACACGUGACUGUGGUCUAAUGAUUUUUAUACCAACAGCUCCUGUGUUUUGGAUUGGAAUUCUUUUAAGGUUUUUGUGGCGUUGUUGUUCUUUUACCCCACAAACACCAAACUGCAGUUGGCCCUUAGUUUAUGUUGGUUAAGGAGAUGAAAACCAUGGGAACUGCUAGAGGGUACAACUGUUCAGAUAUAAAUAUAUUGUGUAGAACAGAUAUGAUUACCUGUCAUGAUAGAAUUGGGAAUUGUGUCAGAUCCAUUCAUUCAUAUUUUUAUCUGCAACGUUGUUGAGCGUUCCACCCUCACUGGACACACCCCAGAUGUUCACUCACUGUAAUGCCUGUCUAAAGGGAUUCUAGUCUAGGGGAAGUAGCCCAACGCCUGACUAAACCCUUCUCAAGCAGUAGACUUCCCCUGACCAAAACCCCUAAACCCGAAGACUAUGGAGUGAUAUUAGAACCAGCAGAAACUGAAUAUGUAUUCACAAAUUGAUUUUCUGUUGUCAGAAAUAUCACUCCAUAGAUUAGAAGACUGGUAUUACCUAUCCUAAAGACUAAACCUACAGAUAUUCUACAUUAUGCAGUCUAUAGAUGUGUGAUUAUACAAUCUGUAAAACAGGGCUGAAGUUAUGUCCUGAAGUAGAAGACGUGACCAGGAACACAAUCCUGAGUAACAUAAGGGCCACUUGCAAUUUCUGUUGUCAUUUGUGGUUUGGUUAGUUUGGUUCCUACCAUGCUGCUAAUUCAAUCAUUACUGCUCAUUGUCUCCUGAAAGUCCAUUUGUUUGUCUUUGUUUGUUGAAUGUGUAUCUGCUAUUGAUCUUAACACUGGAAUUAAUUUGUUCUGCAGUGGAUCUUGUUUUUACUUGGUUAUGGCUUUUUGUUUAAAAGCGAGUUGUAUUGGAGAGGAUGAAGAACUUCUCAGCACUUGUGUGACGGUUUGCUAGCUCUAGUAGAGAUAUGUUGGCUUUUUUGAAUCAAAUUAUGCUUGGUGAACAUUUGACUGUGCAGGUAUUUCUCACUCGAGUAUAGGUCUAUGUUUCAAAGGUAUUAAGUCUGAAAAUAAAGCUGUUGGAAGUGUCUGAAUGGUAUAUAAAGUUAUUAUUAAUCUGUUUUUGUUAUUUUUCUGUAUGGGUUGUAAUAAGAUAUUGCAGUACUUUGUAUGGAAAACAGAAUAGUAAAUUGUAACUAUUUGUAAAUUAUUGUACUUUUUUGCAAUCUGUAGAUAAGUAAUAUGAUGUAUUCAUAUAUAAUGACUGUGGUUUUAACCGUGGUUCUCUGAAAUGUCUAAGUUAUUGAUGUGUGUGUAUAUAGUAUGUUUGUUGAUACAGCUUACUUUAUUUUCUAUAUGACCAAUAAAAAGGUUUUGAAAAGGACUAUUAAAUGUGACCCUCUCUUCCUGUGGUGGCCCAUUCAGACACUGUUGAAAUGUUUAAAUGAGGUUUCGUCAUGUUUUUCUGUGGCGUCAUUGACCCACUUUGAUGCUAGUAAAAAUAAACUGACGGGGAAGGCU